AUGCUGUCCACAAUCACACCCUACUACAAACCCACGCAGUCAAAAACACUCUCAACCACAAAUCCACCCAACCCGGCCAAUCACAAACCCAACCACAAACCCACGCAGCCACAAACACUCUCAACCACAAAUCCACCCAACCCGGCCAAUCGCAAACCCAACCACAAACCCACGCAGCCACAAACACUCUCAACCACAAAUCCACCCAACCCGGCCAAUCGCAAACCCAACCACAAACCCACGCAGUCACAAACACUCUCAAUCACAAACCCACCCAUCCCGGCCAAUAACAAACCCAACCACAAACCCACGCAGCCACAAACACUCUCAACCACAAAUCCACCCAACCCGGCCAAUCACAAACACAACCACAAACCCACGCAGCCACAAACACUCUCAACCACAAAUCCACCCAACCCGGUCAAUCGCAAACCCAACCACAAACCCACGCAGUCACAAACACUCUCAAUCACAAACCCACCCAACCCGGCCAAUCACAAACCCAACCACAAACCCACGCAGCCACAAACACUCUCGAUCACGAACCCACCCAUCCCGGCCAAUAACAAACCCAACCACAAACCCACGCAGUCACAAACACUCUCAAUCACAAACCCACCCAUCCCGGCCAAUCACAAACCCAACCACAAACGUCACCGUGAACAACCUUCUUGGCGAAGGUAA